GUCAAGCCUAUGGAAGCAUCUGCUGCUGCCGCCGCCACCACCACCAUCGCCGCGAGAGCUUCACUCUUCGCUCCCAUUCGUCUGCAGUCGGGAAGCAGAAGAAAUGGGGAUCAAAGAGCUUCUGAGAUUCAUGAAGCCCUUCAUUCACCCCGUUCACAUCCAAAAGUACAAAGGCAAACGGGUCGGUAUCGAUGCCUAUUCAUGGCUCCACAAAGGAGCUUAUGCCUGUAGCAUGGAGAUAUGUAUGAACCAGACUUGGGGAGAAUCUCGCGCCCCUUUCAUCCAAUAUUUCAUGCACCGGAUCAAUCUGCUUCGGCACCAUAAAAUCGUCCCUGUUGUUAUCUUUGAUGGUGGUUGCAUUCCUUGCAAAUCGGCAACGGAGCUUGAGCGUCAGAGGAGGAGAGCAACCAAUUUGAGUUUAGCUAAAGAGAAGCUAUCCCAAGGCGACAUGUCUGAAGCCAUCGAAUUCUUUCAGAAAGCAGUUAGCAUAACUCCAUCUACAGCAUACCAAUUGAUUCAGAUCCUGAAAGCAGAGCAGGUGGAGUUCAUAGUUGCGCCAUAUGAAGCCGAUGCGCAACUGGCAUAUCUGUCAAAGCUAGAAGAAGCAGAGGGUGGAAUAUCAGCUGUUAUAACGGAAGAUAGUGAUCUGUUGGCUUAUGGUUGCCGAGCAGUUAUAUUCAAAAUGGAUCGGUAUGGCCAUGGUGAAGAGAUACUGAUGGAUGAUGUGUUGAAGUCGAAUGCUUGUGGAUUGUCGUUCAGAAACUUCGAUCAGGAACUCUUCACAGGCAUGUGUGUAUUGGCUGGAUGCGACUUUCUACCAUCCGUACCAGGCAUUGGGAUCAAAAGAGCUCACUUGCUAGUAUCAAAAUACAGGAACCUUGAUAGGGUACUGUCUAUACUCAAGUUUGAGAAAAGUCGGCAAAUGCCAGAAGGUUACGCUGAAGCCUUCAGAGUAGCGACUGCAGUUUUUCAUCACGCUAUAAUAUAUGAUUCUAAGAGAAAAGUGCUCAUGCCACUAAAAGAAUUGCCAGAGAAGCUUCUUGAAGUGCUUGACAAUGAUGUCAAAUUUCUUGGCCCAAUGCUUGAUCCAUCAAUUGCAGUGGCCAUUGCAGAAGGUCACAUCAAUCCGCUUACCUUUGAGGCCUUUUGCAGUUCCCGUCCCCAGAUCAAUGUCGACCAAGAACAAAGCAGCUUCACCAUUUUCUCUGCCGAAGAGAUGAGAGUAGAUGCAACUGCAGAACGCGGGACAGAAGAAGCGAAUCAUGAAGCCAAUCAAAAUCCUGAUCACCAUGAUGAUGAAAGGUUUAUAAGGGAAGUUGCAGCUCUGGGAAGCCUUUAUGCUGCCAACUCCGCAGCAAAGAGCAGCCAGAUCUUGAUGGAAGACAAAGAGGUAGCUUUUCCUGAUAACAAUCCCUUCAGCAACAAGAAGAGAAAAAAGGGUGAUGGUGUUGCUGAUGAAAGAGUCACAGAAUGUAAAGUGAGCGUUGUUAUCGGCGACCUAUCACGCAUCAGUAACAAUGAAGAUAGUGACGACGGUGGUUGUGGUGGUUGCAGUUCCAGAAUUAAUGCACUGGGAAGCCCUUGUGCUACUAAUUCUACAGACAAGAGCUGCCAAGUCGUGAUGAAAGAAAAAGCACUAUCCUUCCUCAAUAACAACCCCUUCAGCAACAAUAAGAAGAGAAAAAAGAGCGAUGAUGUUGCCUGUAAAAAAUCCGGUGGUGAAGUGGUCUCGGUCUUUAGUGGGUCCCUCUCAUGCGUCACUAGCGAUGAAGGCAGUGGUAAUGGCGGUGCUGGUGCUGGCAGUAAUAGUGACGGACUUGUUGAUUCACUAGGGAGCCUUCCUGCUGCUAAUGCUGUAUCAGAAGGAAGGCAAAUCGUGACGAAAGGAAAACCAGUAGGCUGUUUGGAUGAGAUUCUCUUCAGGAACGAGAAGAAGAGAAAAAAGGAUGAUCAUGGCACCGACGAGAACUUCACGGACCGUGAAGAGAAAAUCGUUCUCAGGGAGCCUCUCUCUUGCGUUACUAGCGAUGAAGAUAGUAUCAAUGGGGGCCGUCGUGGUGGUGGUGGUGAUGGACUUGUUAAUGACGCGUUGAUUUCUGAUUCUCAGAAAAGCGUUAACUCUCGACCUGCAAAGUCUAUUAGUUCAAAAAACAGGAGAUCCAGGAAGGUUGUUUCUGGUAAGGAUGGUGGCAUUCUUAAGUUUUUUGCUCGCUUGUGAUAUUUAUUGCAUAACAAGGCUUGAAGUGUGCCUGUUACACUCACCUGCCAUGGGAAGGCGAUGCGGCUGAAGCUUUUUUAUCUAAUGGUGCGUCCCCUUCUUUUCAUGGACAACUUUCUUAUGGAAAGUUAAUCUGCUGAGAAAAAGGCUGAAAAAUCACCUAAAAGUUCUGGUAGUUUGUUCUCACUUUAACCUUCCAGUGGCUCUGCUUUGUAACCAUUUUGCUCUAGAACAGAGAAAUAUUUUGAAUCUUAACGAAACAUUGUCGGCAUAAGCCUUGAAUCCUUGUAUCCCAUUUAGAGCCAAGGACAUCGUUUGGGGUUUAUUUUGAUAUUAGAUCUAAACCUGAUCUUACUACGUGACAAACUUAUGCAUGUUAAAAGGUUUUGAAAGAAUUAAAGAAUCGAUUGAGAUUGAUUGUGAA